CUCGUGGAGCCGGUGUAACAGUGUAUUCAGUAUCGGGGUCGCCCAUGUAAGUGUUGCCGCUGUCAGCUGUCAAGUUGGGAAUUUUACAAUCUGAGAGCACCAAAUCAAAGUAUCGAAAAUGCGUUGUUGUUUAGUUGUGGCAUUAAUUGCCGUUCUUGUCGUCUGUGACGCUAGGAGGGUGAAAAGGGAACGCAAGCAUCAUUUGAAAACGCACCACAACCAACACGAGAAAUCCUUCAAACACCACCUCGAAACGGACAAGAAAGCACAUCAUGUUGGUCAUGCCAAGAACACACUUCAUUUAAAGAGAGUGUCAGGCUGCAACUGUCCAGAGGGCCAGGUGUGUGUGGAGGGCUCCGCUACCGGGAAGCCACUCUGUGUCAACAGACACUUCCUGAAACAAGGAGAGAAGCUGUUCAGGGACUUCCAGAGGCAUCACCCAGACAUCAAGUCUGAUGGACAGCAGGAGCGACACCAUCAGGUGCAGCCUCACAUCGAGCGUCCUCAUGACGUCCACAUCAGUGUCCAUGCCAAACAACAUGAAGCUGAACACCCUAGCAACAAGCAGCACUCCCUCAGCAGGCAUCAAGACAUGCAGCAUCCUAGUAUCAAGCAGCAUGAGGUUAAGCACGUCAGCAACAAACAUCACAAUGAGGUGAAUGAUAAGAGUCAUCGUAUUCUGGAAGCUCAUCAGAGGACUGGGAGUAUGAACCACCAUGCUCACCACAAGAAAGUCCAAGUGUGCACCAAGGAUGACUUCAGUGAAAUGCGUCAGCGCCUCACAGGAUGGUUCCGCCUGCUUCAUGCUGAGGAGAAGGAGCAUCAUCAUAAUCACCAUGGCAACCAUCACAAGAAACACCACCAUCUCUCUGUCAAGAAGGAGCUCAGAGAUCACCAUGAUGGGAAGUGCAAGGCUCAGCCCUCCGUGAUGUGGGAGAUGCACACGCUGGAUGUGAACAACGACCACCACCUCACCAGCGCUGAACUUGCCGAGAUAGAGAACAAUGGCCGAGAGCCAUGUCUGCGACCAUUCCUCGAGUCCUGUGACACAGACAGAGACUCAAGGCUUUCUGGGCAUGAGUGGAGAUGUUGUUUUGCUGAUGCCAUUGCUCCUUGCUAUGCUAAGCUUCGAGAUGUGCAGAGGAACAACCAACUAGAGACAGCUGCAUAUAUCCCCCGCUGUGACCGCGAGGGAUACUUUGAGAAGGAACAGUGUCAUGGCCGCACCAUGGAGACGAGGACUUGCUGGUGUGUCGACCUCAAUGGAAAUGAGGUCCCGAAAACAAGAGCUCGAGUCAGGGCACAUUGCGAAAAGGUUGAUGUCCUGGGUCACAUGAAGAAGCACUAAACAGCUGGGAGAUGUACAGUCACAAAAUCAGGAGUUAACAUACUAUAACAUUGAUGAACAUAACUAUAGUUCAGAAGAAUCUACCAUGUGUUUUAGACACUGUACUAAACAGGUACUAAAAUGAAAGUUAAAAGUCACAUGACACUUGAAGAUGUCGAGAUCUACAUCAGCCCAAAUCAAACGAAUUGUGAUACGCAAUGCUUAACUGCUUGACACAUUCAUAUUGAAAAUAGUCUGUAUUUUGAAAUAGUUGUCAAAAUGUAAAUCUUAAAAUAUCAGUGAUGUUUGAUAUCUUUGUCAUCACCUUAGAUGAAACUUAGUGAGAAUGGUAAACAUUAGUGUGAAUGCUUCAAUCUAGACUAGACGUUCAAUGAUUUUUUUAUUAUACUACUUAGAAAAAGAUAAGGACAACACAAUUCUUUCAUAAUACUGUAGUUAAUAUGUCAUGCCACGACAGAUUAACUAUUGUGAUCAUCUUAGCAAGGCAAGGGGUUAACUGACUGUAAAAGUCCAGUUUCCACACUUGAACUAGCUGGAAUUAUGGAGUUAUAUUUUGGCUGGACUAACAUGUCUAUGCAUAGUCCAUCCGGGUCAUAAACAACAUGGAUUUCAAAGUGAAAAUUUCAGUUGACUGCAGGAAUUGCAAAGCCUGUGUACUGUCGACUGGGCAUGGAAGGUAUUUUCCAAAUCUUUUCACGAAUGGUAAUAUGAAAGAAUCGGGUGGUUUGAACUUUGAGUAGUAUAUUUUAGAACAAAAUGUGAAUGGUUAAUCAGUUAGGAAUAUUGUUUGUCACAUUUAUGUAGUGUUUCUUGUUUUUGACCCAAUCAUUUGAUACAAAAGGGGAACUUGAAGAAAUAUUGGAAUGUCCUGUUCUGAAUGUUUAUUGGAGUAGAAAUAAUGACAUUGGCUGGACUAUGAACUCCAUGUCAAAGAGACCUUCCCUGUUGUGUGUAUCCCUCAUUGACAGCAUUUGGUGGUAUGUCUAUGCAAUGGUUUUUCUAUGUACUUGCUGCUGAUUUUGUCAUGUGGCAACCUUUGAUGUUUUUCACAUUUUCUUUUUCAAAAAUGAUCUUGUGAAACAACGUUUCUCUCUAUACAGGUAAAACAAAUUUUGGUUUUAUGGUAAAAAAAAUUUCAGAUCUUGUAGACUGUGAAAUGUAUCCUUUGAGCAUGUUUUCAACUGUACAAAUAUACACAUUAGAAUCAGUUGUAACACUAACAGAAGCAUUUUGUUAUCCUUUAAAAUAUGUACAGUAGUUGCAACAUGGUGCUUUCUUGUGAGGCUGAUAUAUUUACAAUAUCUGUUGAAGGGUACCACAGACCUGAGCAAUCAUACAAUAUCGAGAACAGAAGAUUACCUAUAUCUUUAUAUCUAUAAAAUAUGUAAGCACAACUUUUCGUGGCAGCAUGUAUUAAUCAAAGCAACUGCAGCCUGUUUUGUUUAUGAAAUGAUUUAUUUGGUUGAACAAAGUUGAAGGUUAUAAAGAUUCGACUGAAAUCACAAGGUCACUUUCUUUUGAUGGUUAUGAAGACUCAACUGAGUCGGUGUCCAUGCUGUUCAAGAAAACUUCCUUAUACUUUCAUAAACUUUCCGGUAGCGUCUUCUUUGUCUGCUUUGUGAAAUUGAUGUAUGACUGCAAAUAACACUUGUAUAACCGAUGAACUGUGUUAAAGGGCUGGUGUACUCAUACUUAGAUAUAUAUUUACUUUUCUAGAUAUCAUAUUCUUGUUUCAUUAAGGUGUAGACAUGUUCUGGUUCCAACAUGCCAACUAACCCCAUAAGUACAUAACCAUCCAUUUCUAUUGACCUCUUUUUGAAUCAUUGAUUUUGGGAAAACUUUUUGAUAUUUAAUUUCUUUAAAAAAUAUAUCCGGAACAGUUUGGUAAUUAUCUGAUCUUUAUAUAUUUUUGAAUCCAUGUAUUGGAACCUCAACAUUUUUAGGCCGUGAGAUCAUCAUAUUUCCUCGCAUAACAUGGAGAAAGAGCUGAGUGUACCACUAGGCCAAUCUCUCGAGUUUAUUUCUCAUCUUUUUUCUGUUCUUAUGGAAGUAUGUAAAAUGUGUUUCUGUAUAGAUGUACUGUUGGUUGUGAUAAACAUUAGAGUUCCAGGGUAUAUGUACUUAGCUUCUUUUCAAGUUUAAAAUGUGAUAAAAUUAGGUAUUUUACCAUUUUAAGCCUGUUUGUCAAUUUAUGGAUGAAAUCCAUUGUUUUUAACAGCACUGCACAAUUUAUUUGUCUGUGUAUUUUAACCUGUUGUCAUGGGUACCCUGCAGGAUAUUCCGUUUUUUUUCACUGAAACCAGUAUUUUAAUAUUUUAUUAUAUAUUUUUAGAAAUAAUCUGGUAAUGGUGACUUGUUUCACAAUUAUACCAAUUAAAACAAUUACUGUCUAGAAGAUGCAGUCAGUUAUGUGAUGUGCUCGUCUUAUCAACUGUUACAAAUCAUGCACAGUUUGUAGUUUGUUAUUGAUGAAGUAUUGACUUUUUAAAGUCAGCAAGUUUGUGUCUGCAACCUUUCCUUGCACUUGAACUACAUCCAUUGUACAUGGCAGUGCUUUGAGGCUGAACAUGCUGUAUAUACAACUGUCAUUGUUAUGAAAUAUGAAAUAGUUUUAGAAUCUUCCUAUUUCAGAGGAUAUUUGCUAAAUUUGUUUUUGACCCAUGACUGGGAUGCUAUUUAUGUUUUGAAAAAAACUCAAGUGCUAUGUGAAAUAUUAAUAUAUGAAAUUGUUACAUAAAUAUUUUGUGCAUUUCUUCAAUUCUAACACAAUGUUACUUACCACAAACCUGUCAUUUCUGUUUAGAACUCAGAUCUUCCAACUUUUUAUUUAUCAUGUUUAUUUGCCUUCCUUUACAUUAGAAAAAAUAAAUCUUUUCUUCUAA